AUGAAGGAAGCAGAAGCAGAGAUGAAUAUCAUCAGCAUGUUGCCUGCAGAGUGUAUCUCCCACAUCGUUUCCUGCACAACCCCUCAGGACGCGUGCAGAUCAUCGCUGGUCUCUCAUCUCUUUCGAAUUGCUGCGGAUUCUGAUAUUGUGUGGGAGAGAUUUCUGCCCCAAGGUUAUAAGGAAAUCAUUUCCAGUUCUUUAAACUCCUUGUCCAAGAAGGAUCUCUACUUUCAUCUUUGCAAUCACCCCAUCAUCAUAGGAAAUGGUAACAUGAGCAUGGCACUAGAAAAGAAGAGUGGCAAAAAAUGUUAUAUGGUAGGGGCAAGAGAGCUUACAGUUAUAUGGGGAGAUACACCCCCAUAUUGGCAAUGGAUAUCUCUACCAGAGUCUAGGUUUUCCGAAGUGGCUGAGCUCAAUUAUGUAUGGUGGCUUGACAUCAAGGGAUACGUAGAGACUAAAAACUUGUCCCCAAGAACAACCUAUGCAGCUUAUUUUGUCUAUCAGCUCUCAUCACAAGACAAUCCAGAGACUGCAGCAACUCCUGUUACGUUGCGUGUCGCUUAUGAACAUAGCGCAGUUGCGGUUGAGCAUAGUGUGAUCCUAGACCCUGUAAAUUAUGAAGAUACAGCUCCUCCGCAUGCUCGAUACAGAGGCGAUAGGUGGUUUGAGAUUGAGAUGGGUGAGUUUGUCACCGAAGAAGAUAAUGCUACUGUAGUGUGUAGUCUAAUGGAAACUAGUAAUUACAACUGGAAGAGCGGCCUCAUUGUGGAAGGCAUUGAGCUUAGGCCCAAAGAGUGA